AUGGACCCACAAUCCACACCUGCAGGCAAGGCCGACAUCACGGGCCCUGUGGCGGACGUCAAUCUUAUGGGGUACGCCAACCCCAGUCAAUUUGCAGGGGGGAUCCUCAAUCGCCUGUAUGCAAGGGCCCUGCUGGUCGCCGAUGAGAAGGACCCCAAGCAGCGCUGGGUGUUCAUCAACCUGGACGCGUGCAUGGCCUCCCAGGCCGUCACUUUCACCGUGCUGGAGAGGCUCGCGAAGCGGUACGGACAGCAGUACACCGAACAGAAUGUGGCCAUGAGCGGCACGCAUACCCACUCCGGUCCCUCGGGGUACCUGCAGUACCUGAUAUACGGCAUAUCGUCCCUGGGCUUUUACACCCCCUCCUUUGACGCCCUGGUCGACGGCAUCGUGGAGGCCAUCGAGUCGGCGCACGAGUCUGUGGGGCCCGCCUCCCUGCACGUGGCCGUGGGCGAGGUGCUGGGCGCCAACAUCAAUCGCUCCCCAACCGCCUACCUGCACAACCCGGCGGGGGAGCGCGCGAGGUACCGCCACAACAUCGACAAGGAGAUGACGGUGCUGGCGGCGCGCGGAUCGGGGGCGGACGCCGCCGCCACCGCGCAGCCGCGCGCCGUCUUCUCCUGGUUUCCGGUGCACGGAACCUCGGUCAACAACACCAACACGCUGGUCAACGGCGACAACAAGGGCCUGGCCGCGCAGCUGCUGGAGCGGCGGGCGCCGGGCACGGUGGCCGCCUUCUGCCAGGCCAACGUGGGGGACACCAGCCCCAACACGCUGGGACCGCGCUGUCGCGACACGGGGGAGCCGUGCGACGCGGUGCACUCCACCUGCAACGGCCGCGUGGCCGAGUGCAUCGGCCGGGGCCCCGCCUGGCCAGACAACAUCGCCUCCUGCGCCGUCAUCGCCCGGAAGCAGGCCGACGCGGCCCACGAGCUCAUGCAGCGAGAGGGCGAGCAGGUGUCUGGGGCCGUGCAGUCGCGCCAUGCUUUCCUGGACAUGCGCGGGCUCGUGGUGGCGGCCAGCCCCCACACGCGCGCAGGGGUGGCCUGCAAGCCGGCCAUGGGCAUGGCCUUUGCCGCCGGCACCACCGACGGCCCCGGGGCCUUUGACUUCAAGCAGUCGGACACCAACGGCACGGCCUUCUGGCGCCUGGUGCGCAACUUCAUCCAGAAACCCAGCGCCGAGCAGAUGGCGUGCCACGCGCCCAAGCCCAUCCUCCUGGACGUGGGCGACAUGCACUUCCCCUACGACUGGGCGCCUGCGAUCGUGGAGAUCGGCAUCCUGCGCGCCGGCCAGUUUGCCAUCCUGGCCGUGCCGGGGGAGUUCACUACCAUGUCGGGCCGGCGGCUGCGUGCCGCCGUCCGGGACACGGUUGGUGAGGCCUGGGGCAAGAACCUGACCGUGGUCAUCGCCGGGCUGACCAACACCUAUGCCAGUUACGUCACCACGUUCGAGGAGUACCAGGCGCAGCGGUACGAGGGCGGCUUCACGCUCUUUGGGCCAAACACCCUGGACGCAUACAUCCAGGAGUUCAAAAGCCUGGCAAAGGACAUGGUCGACGGCGCUCCGCUGAAUACAGAGGACCAGCCCCGGCCGCCCAACCUGCUCAGUAAACAGUGGUCGCUGGUGCCCCCCGUCGUCACCGACAGCGUGCCGUGGGGCAGCGACUAUGGCAGGGCGGUGGAGGACGUGGAGCCUGGGCGCAGCUUCUUGCCGGGUGAUGAGGUCCGGGUCGUGUUCCAGUCGGCCUGCCCCCGCAAUAACAUCCGGCGCGGUGGUACUUUCUUAACCGUGGAGCGCCAGGCACGGGAGGGAGCCGGCUGGGAGGUGGUGGCCACCGAUGACGACUGGGAGACGCGCUUUGCCUGGGGCAGGCAUCGGUCGCUAUCAUCCGAGUCCUUUGCGACCAUCACCUGGAUCAUCCCCAAUGGUACCACGCCAGGACGGUACCGCAUAGGCCACCAGGGCGACUACAAGCAUGUAUUUGGGUGGACACACCGAUUCUCGGGCUACAGCACCGAGUUUGACGUGGCAGGCGAGGGGAGGGGGGAUGAGCGCCAAGCGCCCUCAUCCAUCUUCUCGACCCUGCGACAGUGGUGUGCAAAAGCGAUGGCCGCCAUCUUCUAG